CUACCACCACCGCACCCAACCAACACACCCGCCAACUCUCGCGUCUCACAACCAUCACCACCUGCCUUGCCUUCUCCGCUGCCUAAACGUUUAGGUUGACAGCCCCGCCCGAUUCGCACUACGUUAUUAUUCUAUGUGAAGGAAGGCCAUUAGUAGGCGAACAGGUUUGUCUUCGAAGUUCGCUCUCGAUCCGGUCGGCCAAUCGGGAACUUCACUUUCCUGAUAAUCGCACCCAUCUACCGCACACUUAGAUUCACGUGUAGUCCGUGCUGGGCCUUUCUGUUACCGAUGUUCUUACACGCAGUACCCUGGAUGUUAGGCGCUAUAUACUCUUUAUGUAGCUCUUCGCGGUUCAUUCAUUCUGAUCCUCGCUAAGUCCUGAAGUACGUUAAGGCAUUUCCAAGAGACCGUAGCUAGGCGGAACAGCGUUAGGUGGAGACUCCUCUUGCAGGACAGCUGCCUCAUUUUCUGAAUUCGCAGCCACCUAAAGCUGUUGGCAUCAUUUGCCGACGAAUCCAACAGUACUUAACGGUGGUAGCAGGCGGUGGAAGCAGGCGGUGGAAGCAGGCGGUGGAAGCAGGCGGUGGAAGCAGGCGGUGGUAGCAGGCGGUGGUAGCAGGCGGUGGAAGCAGGCGGUGGAAGCAGGCGGUGGUAGCAGGCGGUGGUAGCAGGCGGUGGAAGCAGGCGGUGGUAGCAGGCGGUGGUAGCAGGCGGUGGUAGCAGGCGGUGGUAGCAGGCGGUGGUAGCAGGCGGUGGUAGCAGGCGGUGGUAGUCAGGGUUGGUCCUUCACCCGCAUCGCGCUUGGUCCACCAGCUCUGGGUUGGGUCCCUUGGCGCCUCGCCAUGGGGUGCGCGUGCUCCCAUCCCAGUGCGCUCGACGAGUCUCCGCCCCACAAGCCCGCCGCAGAGAAGCCCCCUCCUCCCCCGCAGCAGCAGAGACCGCCAGCCGCCACUCCGCCUCCCGCCGCCGUCCCCGUGGUCCCCGAGCCCCCUUCCACCAAAGAUCCCCCGCCUCCCGCCAAACCAGCGGCUGCGCCGGCCGUAACAGCAGCGGCGGCGGCGGCGGUAGCCGCAGCGCCAGCGGCGGCGAAGGGCAGCUCGCGGCAGAGCGGGCAAGGGGGGGCGGGGGAGGAGGGGGCGGAGCGAGAGCGACGGAGAGAGCGGGAGAAGGAGAAGGAGCGAGAGCGGCCGGCGGAUGCAGUAGUACCGGCUGCGGCGGCGUCGGUGGCGCGGCAGGUGGCUCGGAGCCUGGAGGGCGAGCAGGUGGCGGCCGGGUGGCCGUCGUGGCUGGCGUCCGUCGCCAGCGAAGCCAUCAAGGGCUGGGUGCCGCGCCGAGCUGAUUCCUUCGAAAAACUCGAUAAGAUCGGGCAGGGCACGUACAGCAACGUGUACAAGGCGCGCGACCUGGAGAGCGGGCGGCUGGUGGCGCUGAAGAAGGUGCGCUUCGACAACCUGGAGCCCGAGAGCGUGCGGUUCAUGGCGCGCGAGAUCGAGGUGCUGCGGCGCCUCGACCACCCGAACGUGAUCAAGCUGGAGGGACUGGUGACGAGCCGCAUGAGCUGCAGCCUCUACCUCGUCUUCGAGUACAUGGAGCACGACCUUGCCGGCCUCGCCGCCUGCCCGGGCAUCUCCUUCACCGAGGCGCAGGUGAAGUGCUACAUGCAGCAGCUGCUGGCGGGGCUGGAGCACUGCCACACGCACGGCGUGCUGCACCGCGACAUCAAGGGCAGCAACCUGCUGCUCGACAACACGGGCAGCCUCAAGAUCGCCGACUUCGGGCUCGCCACCUUCUACCGCCCCGAGCAGAACGUGCCGCUGACGAGCCGCGUGGUGACGCUGUGGUACCGGCCGCCCGAGCUGCUGCUGGGCGCGACGACGUACGGCGUGGGCGUGGACCUGUGGAGCAGCGGCUGCAUCCUCGCCGAGCUGCUCGCCGGCAAACCCAUCAUGCCCGGCCGCACCGAGGUGGAGCAGCUGCACAAGAUAUUCAAGCUGUGCGGGUCGCCCAGCGAGGAGUACUGGCGGCGGUCCAAGCUGCCGCACGCGACCAUCUUCAAGCCCACGCAGCCGUACAAGCGGUCGCUGCGGGACCUCUUCAAGGACUUCCCCGCCACCGCGCUCAACCUGCUCGACGUCCUGCUCUCCAUCGAACCCGCCGAUCGCGGCUCCGCCACCUCGGCACUCGCGCACGAGUUCUUCACAACGAAGCCGUUCCCGUGCGACCCGGCCAGUCUACCUCAGUACCCGCCCAGCAAGGAGUACGACGCCAAGCUCCGCGACGAGGAGGCCCGCAGGCAGAGGGCGGCAGGGGCGCGGGCAGGCAAGGUGCUAGACAGCAGCGCCAGCACCAAGCAGCUGGCGCAGGGGCAGGGCGGGCCGGGCGGGCAGCGCAGCAGCACGUCACAGGCGGUGUCGCAGCAGCAGGCGCAGGCGCAGCAGGCGAGCCAGCAGCGGUCCAGCAGAGCGGUGCCGGCGCCCCAUGCCAAUGCGGAGCUGGUGGAGUCCAUCAACAUGCAGAAGCAGCAGCAGGGCAAGGCGGCGAUCGCCAAGAGCAAGAGUGAGAAGUUCAUCAGCCCGUCGGAGAUGGCGCUGGCAGCGGGCCUGCAGGGGCUGGGGCCGCAGCUGAUGGCGGCGGGCAAGGCCGUCGACACGCCCGACGGGCUCAAGGCGCUCAAGCCCGCCGACGCCGCCGACAAGCUCAGGGGCACCGCGGCGGGCGGCAAGAGCAUGUCCGCCACCACCUCGUGGGUGCAGGGGCCCUCCUACUCCAGCGCCGGGGGCGCUGCCGGGGGGGGCGGAGGGGCGGGGGUCAGUGGGCGCAACGUGAGUGGGGAGGUGGGGAUGGGGGAGAGCAAGGGGGGCGGGUUGGUGCGGACAGGUAGUGGUGGGAGGAGCAAAGGGGGGGCGGGGGGCAUGAACGCCAUGAGCCACGAGCUGUCUGCGGCGGCUGUGGCAGCUGCCGCUGGUGUGGCGGGUGUGGGUGGUGGUGCUGGGUCGGGCACAGGCGGGUCCAAGGACUUUUCCACCAGCUCGUCGCGUGACCUGACCGAAUCAAGAGACGCUGCUCUGAGGAAAGUGCGGGAGAGGGAGAGGGAGCGCGAGAGGGAGAAAGAGGAGAGGGAGAAGAGGGAGCGCGAGAGGGAACGGGAGCGGGAGAAGCGGGAGUCGCGGUCGUCGGAUUUGAGAUUGCACCCGAUGCACAACCAGAUGGUGCAGCAGCUGCACUCGCAGCAGCAGCAACAAGGAGGGCAACAGCAGCACCGGCCCAGCAGCGAGCAUGGCUCUCGUGGCGCUGCUCUCAACAGCAGCAGCACCAAGGGCCGCCUGCCCAAGACGCGGUCAGGGGAGUUGUCGCGACAGCCCGGUAAAUCCGAGGGUAAAUCACGCAACAACUCCAUCAACGACAAGCAGCGCCGUGAGAUUGAGGCUCUCUUUGCGUCGGCCUCCAUCUCAGGCGUUCUGCCAGGGGUUCUGGGGGGAGGGUCGGGGGAGGGGGAGCGGGGGCGGGAUAAGAGUAGGGAGCGGGAGCAGCGGCCAAGCAGCAGCGGGGGGCACGGGGGCGGCGGCAGCGGGCCGAUGCGGCUGUCGAAUCGCAAGGCGGGGGGCAUGUCGCAAGCGGAGAAGAGCAAGGUGGACCAGAAGACGUGGAUGCUCAUGGGCGCUGCAGGCGAGCUGCCCCCGGGUGUGGCGGCCGCGCUGGCGGCAACGCGGGGCGAGGGGCAGAGCCACAGCCUCAAUGCCGUCGCCAGCACCAGCAGCCUGGAGCGGGGGGGAGGGGGAGGUGGAGGGGGAUGGGCGGGGGGAGGGGGAGGAGGAGGGGCGACGACCGCACGGUGGUGCGCAGCAACAGCAGUGGGGGCGGGGGGCGGGGAGCGGUGGAGGUGAGUCCGCGGGGGCGGCCCGUGUCCACCUUUGCCGUGGAGUUCAGCCCCCGGCGGGGCAGCCCCAGGCGUGCCGGCAGCGGCGGUGGGGGCGGCGGUGGGGGCGGGGGCAUGCGGAGCGCAGCGGCGGAGGGCAGUCCACGGCGGCGAUGGUCGCCCAUGCGGGACGCAGCGUCUCCACGCGCGCGAGUCAAGCGCAGCGUGGGAGUGCGGGUGGGGGAGGGGGAGGGGUGGAGUCUCAGCAUGGGAGUGGAGAGCCGGGAGUUGUGCGCGCAGCCGUGGGCACAGCCGCGUCAUAGUGCCGCAUCCCGCAUCCCUGGCGGGUCACAGCAGUAGAUUAUUAGGCUCGAGAGUUCCCCUUCUCUCUCCCUGUCUCUCGCCCCUGGCACUUUCUCCCCACGGUGCACGCCUCGCCAACCCCCAUUGGUGGAACAUGUUGACGCGCUGUGAAGCAACACACUGCUGCCUCCCAGUGGACCCAUGCCCCGCACCACGCAGUUGCUCCGUGGGGGAGCUGUAGGCAGGCCAGAACGCCCCCCACGCAUGAUGAGGAUGCGGAUCACCUCACCACCACUUGUUCUAUACAAGCUAGGGGCGCCAGGUGGCAAUAUAGCUGCAAUUAGGGCUUACUCAUGAGUUGCCGCUUCAUUAUUAUUGGUAGGUUUGAGUACUGGGUUGCAAUUCUUUGUUCGUACCUUGUCGCUAACCAUUUUCCAUAUAAAAUAAGGGAUAGCAU